AUGGCCGACCCCCGUGUUGAAGAGCUUCCCGAUGAGGAGGUCCCCAAGACCAAUGUUGAGGAUGCUGGCAGCGACUCUGAGUCCGAGGCCGGCGAGGAGCCCACCAUCCCCGGUGGCGCUGCUGUCACCAUUCACUCUCGCAACGAGAAGAAGGCCCGCAAGGCCAUUGCUAAGCUCGGCCUGAAGCACGUUCCUGGCAUCACCCGUGUCACUCUCCGCCGCCCCAAGAACAUCCUCUUCGUCAUCAACCAGCCCGACGUCUACCGCUCUCCCUCCAGCAACACCUGGAUCAUCUUUGGUGAGGCCAAGAUUGAGGACCUGAACGCCCAGGCUCAGGCCUCCGCUGCCCAGCAGCUGGCUGCCGCCGAGGCUGCCGGUGAGCACGCCGGUCACGACCACGAUCACGACCACGACCACGACCACGACCACGGUAAGGGCAAGGCCCCCGAGGCCGAGGCCAAGAAGGAGGAAGAGGAGGAGGACGAUGGCGAGGAGGUUGACGAGGCCGGCCUCGAGGCUAAGGACAUCGAGCUGGUCAUGGCUCAGGCGAGCGUGUCCCGCAAGAAGGCUGUCAAGGCCCUGCGGGAGAAUGACAAUGAUAUUGUCAACUCGAUCAUGGCCCUCAGCAUAUAA